AGUGAGUCCUGCCGCAGCUAUAUCUCCGGGUGGUUAGCGAGAGGCAGAGCUCGGCAGUUCCGUCCGCUACAACUGCAGCGUCUUCCCGCCGGGUGUCUCGCCGCAGCAUCCAAAGAGGGGUCGGACGCUCACUCCCUCUGUCAGAAAAAUGUCUGCUCCGGCUCAGCCACCCGCUGAAGGGGCGGAGGGGGCUGCCCCCGGUGGGGGUCCUCCUGGCCCUCCUCCCAACAUGACCAGCAAUAGGCGACUACAGCAGACCCAGGCACAAGUAGAGGAGGUGGUGGACAUCAUGCGUGUGAAUGUGGACAAGGUCCUGGAGAGGGACCAGAAACUGUCGGAGCUGGAUGACCGAGCUGACGCCUUGCAGGCGGGAGCGUCGCAAUUUGAGAGCAGUGCUGCCAAGCUAAAGAGGAAGUACUGGUGGAAAAACUGCAAGAUGAUGAUCAUGCUGGGAGCUAUCUGUGCCAUCAUCGUGGUAGUUAUUGUAAUCUACUUUUUUACUUAAGAAUGUGCCCUCCCUUACCUGUUCUGCAUUGCCAUCUGAACUCAUGUCCUUCUCCUUCUGUUUGCUCUCUCAACCAACGUCCAUCUGCCUUCCUCUAUCCCAGCCUGGGCUUCUCCAUCAUUCAUUACUCCUUUUUGGUUGCUGUCAUUUGCACUUUGUUCCUCAACCCUAGAAAUGCUGCUCAUGGUGCAGUCUUGAAGUUACUAUGUGAAGAGCAACAGCUGGUGCCCCUUCCCUCCCCACUUCUUAUGUUCUUUCCUGUUUUUCCAAAGCCAGAAAGAGUCACUGGCCAAAGGCAGAGGCAGGGGAAAAGCUGAGCUAAAGAGCCCAAGAUGCUGGCCAAGAUGGUGGCAAAGGGAUUGGUGUCCAUGACAUUUCCCAGAAAGGCCAGCUGCUGGCAGGAGGGGAUUGUGCACAGAUGGGAAAGUGUGGCUUGCCCUAUGCCACCCCUAUCGAAGCCUCAGAGGGCUGGGGGUCAGCAGGACUUGACACAGUACCCUUUUAGAAAGUCAAAUCUGUUUUUUGCAGUUAUUGCUAAUCUGUUAGUUCAAGAUUUUCUGUUUCUUCGAGGAUCUUCCAGCCAUUUACUUUGUUUCCUAUAGGUCUGGAAAACGUCUUUAUUGAUUGUAAAAAUACCGGGAGACUGUUUUAGAAACAGUUCCAUUUGCUUCUACUAGGAUGAGCUGUCUCUUCCUAUUUUCUGCAGCAUCCUGUGUUGUUCUUGAGGCACCAAGCAACUUCAUCUGGCCGUUUUGGGCCUCUUAGUCACUUUUAAUUCUUGGUGUUGGAAGAAGAUACCUGUUACAGAGAAACAACAAGUUGAGGGCCUAAUUUGAAAAUAACAAGCUUACAGGAAGCAACUUCCUGCCCUCUCACAAAGGAAGGUCCAGUUCCUUACUCUCUAUUGAUGAAAGAAUAUGCGAGUGUUGGAGGCAAGCUCCUGAGACUUCAUCGAACCCUUUCUUCUAUGCCAUCCCUGGUACUUGCUUAAGACAGGGAUGAGGCAAGAGGUCCUUCCCAAGGCCUGGCUGAUCCACAGGGUUUAGGGGGAGCCCAGCAGGCCCAAUAGCUCAGUCUCAGGGUACAAGCAGUUUGAUCAGCACUAGGUGUGUGUGUGUGUGUCACGGGGCCCUUGCACCAGAGCUGCCUGAGCAUUCUUCCUGAAGUGCGUUCCCCUUCUGAGGCUCACCCUUCUCAGUCCAUGCUGCCUCCCUUCUGUUCCUCCUGUUUGCAUGUUUCGUUCAUACAGACCAUGCAGCCUGAGGAUGGAGGCAGCUCAGCCUCUCCUGUGGGCUUUUUCUUUUUUUGGUGGUACAUGGAUUGAACCUAGGGCCUUCAUGGUGAGGCCAUUCCCAGCCCUUUUU